CUCUGCUCCACCACCACCGCAGCACAGGCAGCUAGUCGAGUCUUGCUGCUCCACCCCUGUCUGACCGUCACUCCUCGCACACCGAGUGUCCGCCGUGGCAGCGCAUCUCUGUCGCCACUCCUUUGGCCACGCCUAGGCGCGUCGCCUCUCUCGCCUGUCCAGCCCUCGUUCUGCCGUUGCCCGCCCGUUGCAGCGCAGCCGAGCUUGCCCUAAGAUCUUCGCUGCCCAUCGUCACCUCGAGCAAGCGCACUCUGGCAUGCCGCCGCGCCGCAGUGCGCCCGCGCGUGUGCCCGCUGGCGACUCCUUCGACUAUCGUACCGCCACUGCUCCUCCCGAUGCGCUGAGCGGCGGUGCAGAGACGACGAUGCUGGUCGACACCUUCAUGAAGUCACACCUCAAGCGUCUGCGCAAGGACGCCGAUGCCGCAAGUGUCGAGCUCGAGGCGCUGUUUACAGAGGCAGGUGAAAAGGCAACCGAGAUGACUGGCGCUUCUGAGGAGCGUGUCCAGAUCUCACUCUCUCGCAUCGACUUCGCAAUGGCUUCGUCUCCGGCGCCUUCUCUCUCUGAGCUUGACUCUGACCUGGCAGCUCUGCGCGUGCAACUGCACGACAACAUCUGCCGCUCGUUCCUCGACGUCGUAGUGCAUCUAGAGGAGCAUGUGAAUGACGAAGAGCUGCCUUACGUCGCCAACGAUUAUGAGCUGCUGCCCGCCAAGCUGCGCCAUUGGCGUCGUGAGCUUGUGCGCAACCACAAGAGCGCCACCGCCGAGCGACUGCGCACGCAAAAGGCAUACGUAGAUGGCACGCAGCUCGUGACGCUUUACAAGGCCAUCUUGUCGCUCAGCGCCUAGUGUGUCACCCUUUCCUCCGCCCGCGUUCUGGCCCUCGUGAUGCAAUGACGCAGCUUGUCACCGCUGCCGCUCGCUUCGAGG